AUGGAGAGCAGUAAGUCUGAUGGCACCCUGAAAAGAAUACCAUGCCAUUUCACUACCACAUCCGUGAGCGUGCCAGGGAGUCGAACCAGACUAUCUUUGGGAGAACCCUUCCGUGUCUCCUUCCACCUAGACAGUGGUUACUGGGACCGGGCGUACUACGGGGGCUGCUCAGGAAGAUUCACCUGCUUUCCUCUGCCGGGACAGCUUGGAGUGUUAGAUUGUGCCUUCGAACCAGCCUUCGUCCAAAAACGGAAUGAGCGGGAGAGGCAAAGGGUGCGCUGUGUGAAUGAGGGAUAUGCUCGCCUCCGGGACCACCUUCCCCGGGAGCUGGUGGAAAAGCGCCUCAGCAAGGUGGAGACCCUCCGAGCUGCCAUCGGCUACAUCAAACAUCUCCAGAAUCUGCUCGACUCUCAUUCUCUAGGAGCUUGCAGUAAGGCCAAAGAGAGCCCAGCCACGUCCAGCGCUGACCCAAGACCAGAGUGCCACAGUGAUGGAGAAUCCAAGGCCUCCUCAGCCUCUUCUCCAUACAGCGAGUGUGAGGAGGUUUGCAGCUAG